AAUGGACGGUGCCAAUGGAUCGUUGACCGUUUGCUUACCUUCGGUCGGUUAGAUUCUAUUCCCAAAGAUGACGGUUACAUACUCGUCGGUUGUGGCAACUGCGAAAUAUUGGACUUUUAUAAGAUUAUUGUUUAUGUGGAAAGGAAGCGUUUAUCGUCUGGUUUGGUUCGAGUUUUUGGUCUUCGUCGGUAUAUACUCCGUUUUAUCUGUUACAUACAGGUUUAUCCUCAGUGCUACACUGAAGAGGUAUUUUGAGCUAUUGUGCAUCUAUUGUGGCCAGUACAACGAAACGGUUCCUGUAGCAUUCGUUUUGGGCUUUUACGUUUCACUUAUUGUUCAACGUUGGUGGGAACAGUUCCUAGCAUUACCAUGGCCUGAUCGUUUGGCUUUGUUUAUAACAGCUUUUUGUCAUGGGAACGCUGAACGCCCAACAAGAAUUAGACGAAAUAUAGUUCGAUAUAUCAAUCUGUCUUAUUGUAUUGCUUUACGUGCAAUCUCAUCUCGAGCUCGCUUGCGUUUUCCAACAGAAGAACAUCUUGUUACUGCAGGAUUGAUGACACAAGAAGAAUUGGAUAUUUAUCGUAGUACUCAACCCAGCGAAUAUACUUUAUACUUUGUUCCGUUAGUAUGGGCCCUAGAUAUGGUUACAAAAGCUCGUGAAGAAGGCUACAUACGCUUUGAUAGAGCUGUUGAAAUUUUGACGAAUGAAAUCACAUCAUUUCGUAGUAAAUUAGGUACAAUAUUUGCUUAUGAUUGGGUUAAUCCUCCACUUGUAUAUACCCAAACUGUAACAAUUGCUGUAUAUGGAUAUUUUGGUACAUGUUUACUUGCAUGGCAGUAUUUAGACCCAUCAAAAGAAUAUGAAGGUCAUGAUGUUGAUAUUUAUGUGCCAAUUUUCGGUUUACUUCGUUUCUUCUUCUAUAUUGGAUGGCUGAAGGUUGCAGAGUCAUUAAUUAAUCCAUUUGGUGAAGAUGUUGAUGAUUUUGAAAUUGAAUAUUUAAUUGAAAGAAAUUUACAAGUUUCUUAUCUAAUUGUUGAUGGAAUGCAUCAUGAGCAUCCUGAUCUUGUACGUGAUGCAUACUGGAAUACUACAGACAUUGUACUACCAGACUGGACAAAAAUUGCAACUGAUGGAGGUGCUGCAGAAGCCAAUUUGGACGCAUCAGACGGAGCUGAUAAAUUUAUUGGUUCGUUAGCCAAUAUUGAUGUUACCGAACGUAGACCAAGUGUAUUAUUUUGGAAUAGUUCAAAUCUGCACCGACGAAGGACAUCUUCAACGAGUGCAAAAUAAUUCCUAUUAUUAUUCCAGUUGGAUUGGAGGUGUAUUGUUAGCGGAACAUAGACUGGAUUAAAGCAUGCUCAAUGCACGAUUGCUUUGCUGUACGCUGAUUGGCUAAUUCUUAUCCAAUCAGCAUCAGUUGAUACUUGGAGAAUACUCUAGAAUCUUCUCAUGUAAAAACUAUAAAUAUACUAACAUUUUCCCUAUUGUGCUUACUUACUUGCUUCCAUCUAACCUUGUUAUUUGGAAUAUAAUCUCUUUCCUGUUCAACCAUGUUCUGAUUUGGGGACUUGUCGAGUGAUUUGGUGUUCAAGAAUACUAAACAAUAGGAAUAGCUGGGUUAUAACCGUAAGAAAGAGAGUAUAACAUGUAUCUAUUAUUCCAAAGAUAAUUAUUGAUUAUUGUGUACAUCUAUCUCCAAUUGUUGUUGUUAUUGUCAUUAGUGCUUUUUAAUUAUCAUGUUCAAAGUUUAAAUUCCAAAUAUUGAUUUUAUUAUUUUUCUCUUUUUCUCUAGAAGAUCUCCAUAAAUAUCAUAAACAAGAAUUUUGAGAGUAGAUCUAUGACUUACAUAGAGAUAUAUCUUAAUGACAUAUGGAAAACAUCUUUUUUUUUUUAAAAAAGAUGAGUAUUACUUGUAUUUUUUAUUUUUCAUCUGCUAAUGUGGUAUAGCAACUCGAACUGAUGUACGUACGUACUAAGUUCUACGUUGUUACUGACUGACUGACUGUAUAAUCCAUAAUGAAUUAACUAAAUUUUGGUGUUAUUGUUGAUCUAAAAUAAUGUAAGAAAUCUUUUUGUAAUUUAAUUUGCCUUAAAAUUGAGAUUUUCAUUGACAUUGAAUAAAAACAAAUAACUUUGUUCCAUAAAAGUGAAAGAACGAUGAUGAUGAUGAUUGGAUGGGAAUAUAUGAAGUACAAUCUUUUUUCCAUACUUUGAAGAGUUCAAUUAUUCAUCUUGAAUAUAAGAGUUGGAUGUGUAUUGUAAAAACAAUCGUAUUGAAAUGUUAACAUAAUAAACAAACAUUAUAAUUAAAAAAAUUUAUUACUUAACCAUAAUCCUAAAUACAAAGAUUUUUCUAUUAUAAACUUUGUGUUUUACUAAAUAGUAGAUUUUUCCUCCAUGAUUUUUAGUUUCAUAAUUAUGAUAGUUACUAUGGAGAUUGUCAUAUAUAUAAUUACUAUUAUUGACUGUUAAAUGUUCGUUUAGGUUUGAUCUUGAUCUUCUGACACCAUUCUGUUCUCUACUUGUAUGAAACACUGAUUUUCGUUCUUAGAUACAUUGCUGCACGCACAUACUUCUUGUUCUCACUUAUCAGUUGCAGUUAUUUGCGUUUGCAGACAUUCCCAUUACAUGAUUAUUUAUUUUGGAUUAUAUCUAUCGUAUUUGGAACUAUUGGCUAAUUCUUAUAAUUGUCGAUUACGAGACCAAAACUCGAACACACAUCCUACUAACUGCUUAAUUAAAGUCCCGCAAUUUUUUCUUUGUGAGUAUUUAUAUUUGUGUAUAUUAUCAAUUGUCUUGAUACUUUUUGCAUCAUUUUGGAAUUCAGUAUUAAGCUCAUUGAAUUUUUUAUCACCUAUCUGCUGUAAUUUAGACAUUCACCCACUAUGUAAAAGUAUGUGUGAGUCUAAUUGAGCUCAAUCUUUAUCUAUCCGCCCAUUGGUUGUUUACACAAUCAACGAAUUACUCAUAGUUAAUCAGCGCUCAUAAAAUGCAUAGAUUUCUUGACCUUUACACUCUUGCUUCCCAGUGCAUUUGCCUUUUGCGUGCUCGCGAAUUUUAUUAAUUAUUAUUAAUACACUCACUAUCCCA